UGUUCGUGACGCGCGCCGACAGAGCCACACGGACCGCGGCCCGCGCCCAAUCCCGACAGUAGAUGGCAGCAGCCCAAGAAACCCUAUGCCGUCUGGUUCACCACAGCUCUGCCUCUCUCAGUUGUGCAGCAGCACUCGCACUGGAGGCAGGACGUCAAAUGAAACAGAAGAGCCGCCUGCUGCUGCUCCUCUCGAGUUUUACGCGUAGCCUGUCCUCCGCACCCGGAGACAGCACGUUUUGAAACCGCCAUGGAAGACAAAUCCAACUCGUUCUCAAGCAACAAAGAGGAGAAAGCGGACGGGAAUAAUGUGUUGCAGAGGCAAGACUCGAUCUUGAAGAACAGCAUGGGGAGCCAGAACAUGAAGGACCACGGCAACUCAGUGGGUGUCAAGGGGGACCGGGAGGAAACCAUGGUCGGUUUUGACGAUUUAGACGCUGCGUCGAGGCAAUAUGGGUUUAUGCAGCGGCAAUUUGGAGCGAUGAUGCAGCCCGGGGUGAAUAAGUUCUCCUUGCGGAUGUUCGGGAGUCAGAAAGCUGUGGAGAAGGAGCAGGAGAGAGUCCAGACGGCUGGAUAUUGGAUCAUUCACCCUUAUAGUGAUUUUAGGUUCUACUGGGACUUGAUAAUGCUCAUCAUGAUGAUGGGGAAUCUUAUUAUCAUUCCUGUGGGAAUAACCUUCUUUUCCGAGCAAACCACCACCACCUGGCUCAUCUUCAACGUGGCCUCGGACACAAUCUUCCUGGUGGACCUGGUCAUGAACUUCCGAACAGGGAUUGUGAAUGAGGAGAGCUCAGAAAUCAUCCUGGACCCAAAGGUCAUUAAGAUGAACUACCUGAAGAGCUGGUUCGUAGUGGACUUCCUCUCCUCCAUCCCGGUGGAUUAUAUCUUUCUAAUAGUGGAGAAAGGUUUUGAUUCGGAGGUCUAUAAGACGGCACGAGCACUACGUAUUGUACGGUUCACCAAAAUCCUCAGCUUGCUACGUCUUCUCAGGCUUUCACGCCUCAUCAGAUACAUCCACCAGUGGGAGGAGAUCUUCCAUAUGACGUAUGAUCUGGCGAGUGCAGUGGUAAGAAUUUUUAAUCUGAUUGGCAUGAUGUUGUUGCUGUGUCACUGGGACGGCUGUCUUCAGUUCCUUGUGCCCCUUCUGCAAGACUUCCCUCCUGAUUGCUGGGUGUCGCUAAAUGGUAUGGUUAACGACUCCUGGGGGAAGCAGUACUCUUACGCCCUAUUUAAGGCCAUGAGUCACAUGCUGUGCAUCGGGUAUGGAGCCAGGGCACCCGUCAGCAUGUCAGAUCUUUGGAUCACAAUGCUCAGUAUGAUUGUGGGUGCCACCUGUUAUGCCAUGUUCGUGGGCCACGCCACAGCCCUCAUCCAGUCACUAGACUCGUCCCGAAGACAGUACCAGGAGAAGUACAAGCAAGUUGAGCAGUACAUGUCCUUCCACAAGCUGCCAGCUGACAUGCGUCAGAAAAUCCACGAUUACUAUGAGCAUCGCUACCAGGGAAAAAUCUUUGAUGAGGACAGCAUCCUUAAUGAGCUAAACGACCCGCUCAAAGAGGAAAUCGUCAACUUCAACUGUCGUAAGUUGGUGGCCACUAUGCCGCUGUUUGCAAAUGCAGAUCCUAACUUUGUGACAGGAAUGCUGAGUAAACUAAAGUUCGAGGUGUUCCAGCCCAAUGAUUACAUCAUUCGCGAGGGGACCGUGGGUAAAAAGAUGUACUUCAUUCAGCAUGGAGUGGCUAGUGUCAUUACCAAAUUCAACAAAGAGCUCAAACUCACCGAUGGAUCCUACUUUGGAGAGAUCUGCCUGUUGACAAAAGGUCGCCGUACUGCUAGUGUCCGUGCAGACACGUAUUGCCGACUUUUCUCGCUGUCUGUCGACCAUUUCAACGAAGUCUUGGAAGAAUAUCCCAUGAUGCGUCGUGCCUUCGAGACCGUGGCUAUCGACCGCUUGGAUCGCAUUGGGAAGAAGAACUCGCUCCUGCUCCAGAAAUUCCAGAAGGAUCUGAAUGCUGGCGUGUUCAACACACAGGAGAACGAGCUGCUGAAGCAGAUAAUCCGACAGGACCGGGAGAUGGUGAUGAUGGUAGAUCGGAAGCAGUCGGUCACAGGGAUGAAUUCCACGCCGAUGUCUGGAAACUCCAUCAUUAACUCUCCCGCCCAGCUACCGUUCACUACAGCAGCUGCUAUUCUUGGUAACCAAUUACAGCAACAGGCCGCCCCAUUGAGCUACAGCACCUCUGCAACUAUCACCCCAUCCAGCCGCGUGCCGCCCUCCCAAGGCGUCACAUUUUCGGUGGCAAGCAUAUCGCACGGGAACCUCAGCACCACUUCCCCGAAUCACCCUACUUCCUUGCAGCAGCCGCCUUCGGCGAUCAUGUCCCCAUGCUCUUUUACCACAUCCGUAUGCAGUCCCCCGGUUCAGACCCCUAUAGCUAGCCGAACUUUCCAGUACGGAUCACCGACAGCUUCACAACUGUCCCUUGUACAGCAACCUUUACCCCAGCAAUCCUUGCCUGCUUCCAUACCCCAACAACAGCAGCAACAACAGCCACAACAAUCACAAGGGGUAUCCCCUCAAAGGAGCGAGGUUCACAAGAGCACACAUGCGCUCCAGUCAGGCAGCCUGAGCCGGGACAUACGCCAUCUCUCUGCCUCACAGCCUUCACUCCCUCACGAGACCUCAAUGGCUGCCCGGGCACACCCCACAUCGGGCGAAACGCUCGCGUCUAUUCCGCCACCUAUGGGAUCCACGGCAGGUGUCCAGGCACCGGGUUCUGCACUGCAAAGCGGAAUCCGCACCAACGUUCCACAGAGGGUUGCCCUUUUCCGACAGAUGUCAUCGGGAGCGUUACCGCCAGUGCGCACAGCGCCUUCUAGUGGCCAGUACAGGGAUUCCUCUGGCUCCAGGAGAGAGUCAUCAGUCUCAAGCUGUACAGAGACGGAACAAGACAAAAUGCGAUUCGCAUCGAAUUUAUGAUUCCGUUUUACUUUUUUUCCUGUUAUUUAAAAAAAAAAAUACUUUGAUUUUUAUGGAGAUACAAAAAAUGGGGGGAAAGACUCAAGUAUUUUUUUUCUUUCUCCAACUUCCUCUGAAAAAAAUAACUUCAUUGCUAUCCUGUACAGAAUUUCCUUGUACUAUAUUUUAGACACACUUCCCUUUCAACUUAAGAAUGUAUAUUAAACAAAUAUAUAUGUGCAAAUCCAACUAGAAUAUUUGACGUUGACCAUAUUGGAAAAACUCUAGUAUAAACACAAGUCUUCCUUUCUAAUAUACGUGACUAUAAUGUGUCUGAACAUGUUCUAUUUUGUUCAUUUUUCUUAUGGUUCGGAUUUAUCGUUUUUGGUACAGGAAUGCAAUGUGUCUGGGAAUGAUGUUUUUGAAUUUUGUUUUCUCUUUGUUGCGUUAUGAAGACAACAAAAGUCCAGCAUUCAGCAGCUUUUGUAAUCACUGUGGAAAAUGUUUGCGCAGUCGGACCUGGUAUAUACUGAGUUGUUUUAAAAGCACAUCUAUAAAUCUUACUUGUUGGGAAAACAAAUAUCGGAAAAUGCUUGGAGCACCAAAUCCAGGUGUCUGCAAUUCGUUGUGUUGUGCAGUAAUUGUGUCGUGUUUCAAGACAGCAAUUGUGCAUUAAAGGGAAUAAAUUAGAGAUAAAUCUCUUUUUUUUUUUUUUUUUUUUUUUUUUUUUAUUAUUAUUAUAUUUUAUUUUAAAGAAGGUUGCAUGGUGGAGUCGGGUGGUUUUAUUUUCUAUAUCUAAUUUCAGAACAUGGUGGACAUGAUGGACAACAAUGUUUUCAAAGAAUGAAAUGUCACUUAAAGGCUGUACAUUAACAAUAUUUAUAAGACUAAAGAUUAUCACCAUUAUGCAAUAGACUGUGAUAUAAAUAUUAACUAUAUGUGUGUUGUACAUAGUUUUGUAGAUCUAGUAUUUACAAAGUAAUAUGUGGUGCAUUCUCAAACAUGGCAAUGUUUCUCAAACAAUGUCUUAUCUCUGUCAGCAGCCUGGGUAUAAUCCUAUAUACAGUUUAUGCAUAUAUAUAUAUAUAUAUAUAUAUAUAUAUAUAUAUAUAUUAUUCAAAUGGUAAUAUGUGACUACAAACAUCAGAAACGAUCGUUAGAGAUAAGAAAACCUUAAUGCAAAUAGUAGCCUUACACUGUACUUAGGACUGGGGACAAUAUCUAUAUUUAAAAAUAUAAUUAACGUAAGAGAAGCUUGUCAAAUACAAAGGUAAAAAAGAUUACAGUGGCAAGACACCAUGUUGGCGGGGUGGGGUAAGGCAUCAUCUGCGAAGCUUAAUGCAUUUCACCAAUGUUACAUAAUCAUUUAUGUUUCUAAUCCCUAAACAGGAAUUAAAUGCAUUUAAUUGAUCAUUUCCUGGUCACUGCAGCUCAUUUUUGCUGGCAUAACACAAGGACGCCAACGGCUGUGUGCGUUCAGAGAAAAGCAAAUCCUCCUGUGAUUGAUAGAUGCUUGAUUUGAAAAAAGUUUAAUUUUAAUAGUAUUCUCAUGAAUCAGUAUUAAUGGCUAUUCACACGAGAAUCAAUAUUACGCCAGCUCUGUACAAUAGUUUGUAAUAUUACAUACGUGUACUGUUCUGCAUUUUAAAUGGUUAUUGUUUUUAAUACUGUGAAGAAACAUUCUAACUUAAUCUUUAUUUUCAAUGUAAUACUCCAGCUUUACCUUGCAAUUUGCUUCUAGUUUAAAUAAGUAUGUCAACCUUAAAGCUGAAGUGUGUAAUUUUUCAGUAUUUGUUCCUAUCCCAGUGCAAUAUAUUAAGAAACAGCUAUAAGCCAUUUGUAGGUUGCUUCCCACAAAAAGUGCAAAUACUGUGGCACUUACAAAACAUUGCUCAAACUUUUGUGACCAACGACUUGAGUUUGAGGGUGGACUAUCUGUUUGUCCAACCAAUGGCAGAAGGGGGGAGUGUUCAGAAAACCUAUUUUAAAACAGUUAUUAUUUUUGAAAUUCUGUUUGGAGACAUUUAGAGUGCAGAAAUUACACUCUUCAGCUUUAAAGUCAAAGGCAUGCAACUAAAAUGAUUGUACUGCACACAUUGUAAGUACAUAAAUGGCCAGCAGACAUUAUUCCUUCAGGCAUUUUCUUCAAGAGUCAUUAUGUGUUUUCUAAAUCCAAUUAGAUAUUUAAAAGACAUUAAAAAAACAAAAACAGAAGCUACUUUGCAUUAAGGUUACUAUCUCGUCCGUAUUUGUCAUUUGCAUUCGUGGCUUGAGACUUUGUAUCAUGUCAGCCACGCAACACUGUGGUAAAAUGGAGUUUGCAAGGGGUAAAUUGUAGCUUUGACUAUUUUUUUUACUCCUAUGUCUGGUUUUAAUUUAUUCAUAUUCAACAGUUAGUUACAGUCCUUUAAUCUGAUGGGAAAAUUGGCAUUCCAAGAGUGCGACAAGCAACGGUUGAUCCUACUUUGGCUUCACUUGGAACUAUUUUCAUUAGUGGAGCAAAAAUAGACAAUAUCUGGCCAUAUUUUGUCUAAAAUGUAAGAUACACAAUAUCAACUUCUGCUUUCUAAAACUGAAAAGCAAUAUCGCAUUCGCAAUUGUGUUAUUGUACUGAAUAUCAGCACGAAUGUGAUUACCUAUAGCCGAAUAACAGCCAUGCUAAUAUUCAAAACAAAAGCGCUCUUGCUCAUGUGAUAUUUCUACCAAUGUUAUAGAAUAGGCUUUAGACCGAACCUAUGCAAAGUCUCAUAGCCCCUUGCACAGUUUUUAAAUUAACAAUACUCCAGAAGCCCACUUGUGUCAGUACUGUACUAGUGCAAUUCCCAUACAGCCGUCCAUAAACGCAUGCAUUGUCACAAAUACUUAAAAAGUAAAACUAUUUAAAAAUGUUGACGUUUAAAUGUAUUGUGAGAUUGUUUUAUUUAUUUUUUUGUUUGUCUGUUUGUUUCUUGUCUGCCUAGAUGUUAUUUGUGCAUAUCAGAAACACUGACUUUUUACGAAAAGGACAUUCUUAAGUAUUUGUGCCUAAACUAUUGCCAUGCUACAUCCUGUUCAUUUUAUGAGCGUGCGUGCGCACACAUGUAAGUAGACAAGUGUAUACAUGUAUAUCCAAUGUUUUCAAAGAACAAAAGCAAUGGAAAUGGCCAAACGUAUCAGAGUUUUAAUAAAAAACAGAAUCACACUUUGCUAGCUGCACUGUACGGCAAAGCAUCUGUGAUAACAUUCUAGUGAAAAAGUAUAUAUAUAUAUAUAUAUAUAUAUAUAUAUAUAUAUAUAUAUAUAUAUAUAUUAGAGGUCGACCGAUAGUGUAUUUUGCUGAUACGAUAACUAAGGUGGUGGGAAAGGCCGAUAACCGAUUAAUCGGAUGAUAGUUUUUAAAAUUGAUUGAUAGAAUGUCAAAAAAAAAAAAAUUAUUAUUCUUUCCUUACUAUCAUGGGCACAGACAAAGAGUCCUUAAUGAAUAAAAUCACAGAUACAGUUUAUUGUUCAACCAAAAUCCCCAAAAUGACCAGAAAAAGAUUUGGUUCACAACACGGGACUUUUAAGUAUAAACAAGCCCAAAAAACCCUAGGGACUCUUAUUUAGAAAUGACGAAAUGAAGAAAAAACUAACUGCAACUAUCGGCAUAUAAUUUUGCCGAUAACGAUAGUUCCAAAAUGCAACUAUCGGCACUGAUUUAUAUUCAUAUAUAUAUAUAUAUAUAUAUAUAUAUAUAUACAACUCUGGAAAAAAUUAAGAGACCA